AUGUUGGCGGCAUACAUACCCUUUUUCUCGAAUACCGAUGAAGACCCUGUCGAGGAAGACAUUGCUGAAAUAACUAUUGGGGUGGUUUUUGCGUUUUCCAUUGUCUUCAUCUUUCUUAACUACAAAAUUGUGCAGUAUUUAGAUGACUACAGGUGGAUUAAAAGAGAACGAAGCUUAUUGGAUGCUCUUACAAAAGAUUUCCAGACGGCUAACAAGUCAGUGGAAGAAAUAAAGCUGAGAGCUAAUCAAGCGUGGGAGUCAGAGCUCAACCUGAGAGGAAUGACUCAAACAUUGAGUGAAAUCGAGAAGAAGUGGUUGAUGAAAGAAGCAAAGGUGAUCUCAGAUGUUCAACGCUAUGUUGAUGAUUAUGAGAAACUCAUACCCACCAAUGAAGCUAGUACUAAUUUGUUCAAAUGGUACGCCGUUGUUUUGCUAGCCCUCAAAAAUCCCAUUGCAAUAGUUGAGCUCGCCCUCGGAAUACAUCGAAUCACAAAAGAGAUAAAAAGCCAGCUUCAGCAGAAGAAAGAAUAUACAAACUCCAUUGUUAAGGAACUAGAGGAGUCGAGAAUGAAAGUGAGAAGUUUGCAAGACAGGCCCAUUCAGGAGGCAGAGCAGAGCUCUGUUCUUCGUCCAAAGCCGCUGUUUCGUUCUGCAGUUGCUUUGGUCUUAGAGCGCCUGGUUACUGUGGAACCGGGCAUGGGUCGAGGGCUAACACAUAAAGUUUCUUCUUUUGUAAUACAGCUGAGACUACUGCGAGCUUUCAUAAAAGACUUACAAAAGCUUAGAUUUGACAGCGAACUUGAGAAGGCUUGGGCAGAGGAAGCACAGGAGAUCAGUGCUCGAUCACUGAACGACGUUAAUACUAUCUUGAAAGACGCAGCAGAUCAUCGUAGGUGGUUUAGCAAGCUUUCCAUCGUCCCUAAUUAUUUUCUUCUAAGGCCCAAGUUAGAGACGAUUAUUACUAAUGUUCGAAGAGAGAUGUCUCAUCUUCUUGAAACAAAACAAAGGUAUGGUUUUAGUUUUAUCAAGAGAGAGCGAGACUCUUUCCGUGAUGUGGUGAUUACGCCUACUGUGAUUCCUGACCAACUUAAUGAUGAGGAGCAGCUUGAUGAUGAAGCCGUUAACAAUCUGCGAGUCGAAUUGCAGAAUACUCGGAGACAUUUGAACGAAGAAGAGGCAACUAACGUUGCCAUUCAUACAAGAAAAGCUUGCCUUGAGUUUUUGACGGAAACGUUUCAUGAAGUCAAGCCUAUCAUGAAGAUCAAACGUAUUCGGCAAAUUGAGGAAACGCUUGAACAUCUUAAAUUAUGCAAAGAAGUGUACAAGAUUAAGGUGAUGGAGGAUUCAUGCUUUACGGUCGGUUUGGAGGUUGACAUCCUGAAACUUUUGAAAAUGAUCAGUGAUACUAAUAAAUUCGGCUCAGUUAUUUCUGUUGUUGGUAUGAAAGGAGUUGGUAAGACAACUAUCGUUAAAGAACUCUUCAACCAUGAUUCUAUCAUCGACAAAUUUCAUACUCGUCGUCACUUUGUUUCUGUUCCGGAAGAGAUGAGUAAUGUUUCUUUGCUCCGCAAUGUUGGGAAUCAGAUCCUUCGGCCCCAAGAUGAAAAGAGUGAUCAAGAAGAUUGGAUCAAAGAGUUGCAAGGUUUCUUAAAACGUGAUGCGAAGCCCCACCUCAUAGUUCUUGACAAUUUGUUGUCCAAAAAAGCUUGGGAUAUACUCAAACCUGCAGUGGUCUCAGAUGGAACAACUAGAAACAUUAUUUUGAUUACCACUCGUGAUAAAGCUGUAGCUUCUCAGGCGAAUUCGAAUCCAUUAAGUACCCACUCGCUUCGGCUAAGAACCACAGAAGAGAGCUGGGAAUUUUUCACCCAAAUAGUUUCGUGUCCUUCUAAUGAGGAAGAUAUUGAGCUUGCCAAAAAGGUGGUGUUAAAGGCUGGAGGUCUUCCCCUUGCUAUCUUACGUAUUGGUUAUUUAUUGUCAGGGAAGGAAGUCACUAAGGAGGAGUUGUCUGUGGUGCUGCAGCGUGUAACUCAAGGUCAGAAUCAAACACCAUGGGUGGCCGUUAGGGACAUCAUUAAAGAAGACUUGCCAUUUCGACCAGAUCUUGAGCAUUGUCUCUCUGACUUUGAAUUGUUUCCGAGGGACUUUGAAAUUUCAGCAAGGAGGCUAGUUGCUUUAUGGGUGGCACGAGGUUUAACACAGAGGAGUGAUGGGAUGAAUGCGAAAACUCAGGAAGCGAUAGCCCAUGAAUAUCUGAUGGAGUUAAUUGGCCGUAAUAUCAUUCAAAUAGUCGAAAAAAAGCUCAAUGGGAAAGUUUUGACAUGCCGGUUUCCUGGCAUUCUAAGAGAACUCUGGUUGGCGGACAGAGCAAAUAACACAGCAGCUCGUUCCUGGUCUUUGUGUGGAACUACUGAACAAAAACUUGCUUAUCGAUUCGAUGAUGAAGACACUGGUUUCAGUCGGAGAAUUCAUCGUCUCGAUCACUCAAAUCUUUUGCCUGAGGAAAGUUGUCCCCUCUCUAUUACGUUCUUUGAUACCCGCGAAGGAGAUCAGCCUGGUUUAGAUAUACAAAACUUCCUAUGCAAAGCCAUUAAAACAGGGCGCCUACUUGACUUAGUUGUUCUUGAUCUCGAACAUGUCUACAAGCCUCAGUUGCCCGACGUCAUAGCAAAUCUAACGAAGCUGACAUAUCUAGGCCUAAGAUGGACUAAAAUAGAGAAGCUCCCCAAAACUAUAGGUAAAUUGUUGGAUCUCCAAACUCUGGACCUAAAGCAUACUCAAGUGCAAAAGCUUCCUAGUUCCAUAUGGAAACUGAAGAAGCUUCGAAACCUGCAUUUGAAUGGGAGCUGUCGAAUCAAAUGUAUGCCUCCACCAAACAAUCUUCACAAGUUGUCUGGCGUACUUGUGGAUCAAGAAGGCGGGGCUUUGGUUAAAGGGCUACCCAAGUUGCAUAACCUUCAAAAGCUGAGGCUAACAAUCCAAUUGAUACCAAGGCUGCAAGAGGAUUUGGCAAGGCACAUUCAAGAACUGACCAACUUACGAUCUCUAAGCUUGAAAUCCAUUAAUGAAAGCGGUAACCUCCAGGAGCUGUAUGUGCCACAUUUGAAUAGGUUUACGCAGCUUUCAAGCCUAAGUUUGUCAGGAAAGAUAAGAAGAUCUUCCAUCAUUUUUGAUCUACCCGGAAGCCUAACCGAACUUACUUUAUCAAGUUCAGAACUAUUGACAGGCAGCCUAAUAAUGCCAAUGCUAGGGAAUCAUCUUCCAGAACUCAAGUUUCUCUAUUUUCUUGCCGAUUCUUAUAGCGAAAAAGAAAUGGUUUGUUCAGUGGGAUUUCCUAAGCUUCUUGUUUUGAAACUUUGGAAUCUUCCUAAUCUGGAAAAACUGGAGGUGAAGGAAGGAGUGAUGUCUAGCCUAAGAACGUUUGAAAUCAGGUGCUGUUUGCAGUUGACAGCAACUAACACUGAGUUACCCAAGUUAGCCACUCUCACAGAAUUGAAGCUGAGUAACAUGCCUGAUGAAUACACAGCUGAGUUGAAAAGGAAGUUGACAAAGCUAAAGCGCAAUUUGCCGAUUAAAACCUUCACUUUCGAUCCUGAUGAGUGA